AUGCGAAUGGAAAGAACAGAUACAAGGUACGUACGUCAGCAGCUGCCUGAAGAUCUAUUUCGAGUUUCGUCAUCUUUCGGGAAUACCGUGUGGUUCGAGCUCCGACGAAGAUUGAGCGCUACAUUCUUUAUGAGACUUCUUAUGUAUGCGGUAUGGAAAAUAUAUUUAAAGGAUGUCGGAUGUUUGGAUCACCGUCGUGUUGUUUUGAAUAUUGGAAGCGUCUCGUACAUCCAUGCAAAUUACGUAUCGACGCCAGAUAACUCGAAACGAUUCAUCUGUACUCAGGCUCCCUUACCUUCAACAUGCUCGGAGUUCUGGUGUAUGGUUGUGCAAGAGAAAUCAGCAACGAUCUUGAUGCUCUGCAACUUCGUCGAACAGCACAAUCCGGCAAUCAGCCCAGUUUUUAUGAUACUGAAGUCGAAAUCAGAAUGUUUUAACUUUUAUUUGCUCCUCCAUUUACUGUCAUUGCCAUUGGCGGGCGUUGCUGAUAGCACCGAUAGAGUAAAAACGUGGUUGAGAGGAAGACUAAACAAGGGCUACGGUUUGUUUACUGGAUAG